GAUCUCUUCUCGGGCAAGUAAGAAAGUGACAUCCAGCUUGUGUAACAUGUAAGACAUGUGACGCAAUGUUAGAUAUAACAAUAUGUUCGAUAUGACACGCGAAUUGUUGGAGCGUCUAUUUAUAGCCACUGAUUCAGCUUAACCAAUAUAACAGCGCGACCGUAUUUCCCACCCGGUAGACACUUACCGAACAGCGCACACAAGAGUUAGAAGGGAGUCAUACACUGCUACAAGCAGAUCUGUUCAGAUGGAUUUCGGGAGCGAAUUUGUGUAUGUUGGGGAAGACGAAGAUGAAAUCCUCAAUCUCGACUCGUCAGAAGAAGAGGAAACGGAAAUGGAUGAGAUGGAAUGUAUGCUGGACAUCCUCGACACGGCCGGGCAGGAAGAGUACUCCGCAAUGCGAGAUCUGUACACUCGGUCAGCUCAAGGCUUCAUCAUCGUGUACGACAUCACGAACAGGGAGUCCUUCGAUGAGGCCACUGCCAUGUUUACUUUCCUGGAAACAAGUAAACAGGGGGAAAAAAUACAUGCUGUUCUGUGCGGCAACAAAUCUGAUCUAGAGAACCAACGUGUUGUCUCCAAGGCAGAAGGCAAAGGUCUGGCCAGAGCCAGGGACGUGCCCUUCAGGGAGACAUCGGCCAAAACAGGGGACAAUGUUAAGGACGCUAUAGAGGCCUUACUCAGGACCAUCCCUCGUCAAGGGAUUGAAUAUAAGCUUGUUACAAUGGGAACAGGUGGUGUGGGCAAGUCGUCUGUCACCUUGCGUCUAGUGCACGAGUCGUUUGUAGAAAACUUUGAUCCCACCAUUGAAGAUUCCUACAAGAAGAUGAUCAACGUCAAAGGUCUUCCGAAGAUGGAGGCAAAAGAAAGGAAGAAGAAAUCUGAAGCAUCAGCAACCGAAUCUGCGCCAGUACAAGCACGGGCAACUGGUGGACUACCACGGGAAGCUGCCGGUAGGACCCCCAUCAAGACAAAGAAGAUAGAUGGCAAUGUGGUGCACAUCCCCCUGGGUACACUGGCCGAUGAUCCACAACUUGUGACCGGGGAUCCAGUUCGGUGCAGGAAGUGUGAUGCCGUUCUGUGCCAGACAUCAAGCCUCAUAGACAAUGGGGAUGCAAGGCAGUGGACCUGUGAGUAUUGCGGGAAAGAGAACAAAGAACUAGACGUGACCUUGGAGGAGAUACCCAGAGAGUUGAUGUUUGACUACAUGUUGAGUCCAGCAACAGAGAAAGAGGAGGAGGCGGCUGAAGUUGUGCAGAAGAUCACGCCAGGAAUAAUUGUCUACUGCAUUGACGUCAGCGGCUCAAUGGAUUCCAAGGUAGAUGUCCCAGAACUACAAGCGGCAUGGAAGCAGGCUCGAAGUGGGGAGACGCUGGAGGCUAAGUCUAGGCUGGAGUGUAUCAAGGAGGCUGUGAUGAGACAGGUGGAGCUGCUGAAACUGGAACAGCCGGAAAAACAAGUGAUGCUGGUCCUCUUUGCCACAAAAGUCGAGAUCGUAGGUGAUGGGACAGGACCAUCUAUAAAGAGCACCGGUGUUAACAAUAAUGACUUUGAUGCUCUCAUCAAUAAGGGGAAAGAUCUAGCAGAAAGAAAUGAGAUCAAACCUCUACGACUUUCCCAUGAUGGUUUGAUGGAGAAGGUGGCAGAAUUGCACACGCGAGGUUCUACAGCACUUGGCCCAGCACUGGCAAUAUGUGCUGGAUUUGUGAGUGAAGUGCCUUCAUCAGAGAUUGUGCUGUGUACUGAUGGGGCUCCAAACCGUGGCAUUGGCUCCUUGAGUCAUGGCGUCUCUGACUCUGACUUCUAUACGACGAUCGGCAACUAUGCUCGUUCGAAGAACAUCGUCAUCAACAUCAUGGCAGUGAAGGGAAAGCCUGUCAAGAUGCAGCAAGUCUGUGCGUGUGCGCUGGCUUCAGGCGGCACCGUCAACGUCCUCAACCCCCUGGAGAUCGUCCGGGAGCUGCGUCUCAUCUGGCAGAACACGAUCGUGGCUUCAUCAGUUCAUGUUACCUUCUUGCUGCAUCCAUCCCUUGUGUUUGCUGAAGAAGGUUAUCCAAAGGACUGCAGCAGGCUGGUGAAGGAGGUCGGCAAUGCCCUGAAAGACACAGACCUCACAUUCAAAUUCAAACUCAAAGAUCCGGACACUAUCCCAGAAAUUGAUGAAAUCCCUUUCCAGGUUCAGAUCGCCUACACUCGCAAGAACGGCAUGAAGUGUCUCCGUGUCAUGUGCAAGAGUCACAAGUUCACCAAGGACAGGAAGGUCAUGGAGGAGAACAUCAAUGUGGCAGUCGUGGGAUUGGCCACCGUGCAGAAGACGGCAGAGAUGGUGAAGCAGGGAGCCCCAAAACAAGCCAAGGGACAUAUACGGGCAGCCAAACAUGUGAUUAAGAGAGGUGCGAAGACUGUGGAACAACGCGAGGAGCGAUAUGCAUUUCAUACAGCAUGCUCGGAACUGGAAACAGACCUGGAUAGGAACAUGACAAAUUGGGAACGGGGCAGAGCAAGUGACUUUUCCCACAAAAUCGUGAGCCACGCGCUGAAAGCUCCAGCGUCCCAUUUCCAUGGCUCACGAAAAAGGGUGGUGAAAACCAAAUCUCGUCAACUCAGCAGUACAGCUGCAGAUAACUAUUACGACUAUCAGCAUUACAAGUGUUAGGGACCUCGAUUGUGUGGCAUGGUAAUCGAUGGCACCACUUGCGUUUGCAUCAUCACCGAAUCAUUCAUCUGCAGAAUUCAAACAGAGCAAUGUUUGAAUGGUUGUUCCAAAAGACGAAGAGUUUUCAUAAUUGAAGUUAAAAUGUCGACCUCUUCAAAUUCAACGAAAAUGUCGAGGUAAAAAUGUGACUUAUAUAUUUCGUGAAUCUUGUGGUACAGACAACUGCAUUUUAAAUGAAACCAAAAACUUGAACCAACAUUACUACAAACCUAAACUAAAGUUGAUAUUACCAUAUAAAAUGGUUUUGCUUUCUUAAAGUCAGUACAUGGCUGUCAUGCUACAUUUGUCUUUUGCUAAUCACCUGUCAGCGCCAAUUAUCUGUUGCCGUCUCUUGUUAAGUUUCCACAUUUGUUAUCUUAUUACUGUUGCUGUUCUAACGGGUACAUAUAUUUUAUAUAUAUUUUAAUCUAUUUUCAUAUAAUUUAUUCACCUGAAUAUAUUAUCAUUUAUAUCAUGAUUUAACAUUGAUACUAAGUUUUCAUAUACUAAUUAGAUCCACAGGUGCGUUUAGCAUUGUUGGUGUAACAUUUAUACAAAAUUUCAUAUGAUUACAGAACAGGAGGUAAUACAUAUUAUGAUCCAGGACAAAUGCACAUACAAAAUAUUAGAAGUUUCAGUUAUGUCUACAUAGUUUAAUAAAUUUAAAGCUUUUUAUAAAAUACCAGCCUAAGGUAACAAAAUCCCAUCCCCCGGACAUACUAUUCAAUAAGACAAGAGAUAUGUCUUCAUAGUCUUAUAGAUUGCCUUGAAUUAUUUUAUUUAAGUAAAUAUGUCAUCACUAAUAUUUGAAUAACAUUCAACAAAUACUCCAAUUUGGACUCAUUAAGGAUUAGCCCCAUACAAGCUCGCGAUCGUCUGUAGUGAUACCAUAAUCUCUUUCCAAGCACCCAGUAAAUAUGUCAAAAAGAUUAGUGCCAGUCCAACAGGAUAAAGAAUUCCCCUCUGUCUAGCCAUUCAUUAACCGUAGGGCACAUCCCAUUGUGUAUCAACCAAUCAUAUUCAUUUUUAUUGCUCUAAAUUAUAGUUAAAUAGAAAUAGAAGCAGGAUGUUAGGCAGAAGGGGUUUGACGCUCAAACCACGCAGACCUGUCACCCAAGGCCCAGGGGGUUGUACCGACUCUCUGUGGCACCCUCAGCUAUAUUUAAGAUAUUGUUCAUUGUUCAAUGUUCUUGUAAAUAAAAU